AUGCUUUCAUCAUCGCUGGGAAAUUUGACAGCGCCGCCGAAGCCGCAGCGAAAAAUUGCGAGGCUCCGAUCGUCGGCCAAUGAUUAUGUCGUCGGCAGUCUACCUCAACUAAUCGAAAGAUCGGCAUCCGUUUUGAUUCGCGACACGAAAAAUUCGAGCUCGAAUACAUUGGGCUCAAAUCAUCAUCAGCAAGAGUGUUCAAGUUCAACGAUAAUGGACCAGGAAACCAUUAAAAAGUUGAAAUUGCCCGGAUUUCGAGGCGAUGUCGCCAAAGCGAUCGAAUCGCGCCGAAAGUGCUCCGCGCCGUCAACGUCGGCUGCUGCUCACCGAGCACCGCCACCAUCCUACGAGCAAUAUCAACAAGUUAUUAGGAGAAGCUCGAUGAAUGUCUCUAAACCAUCACCAGACAAGACUCAGAAGAGUUCAACAACAUCAAUCAAUGCUCCGAAUAUUUCCAGGAUUCGAUUAGAAGAUUCAACCACUGACAGCAGUACGAAUACAAUUCUACGAUCUCCGCAUAGUACGCGAUCUGAAAGUGUAACGAGUGUGGAUUCGGGACAAUGUUCAGGCGAUCAUCUCGAACGCCGUUCGUUGUGCUCGGUGCGUCAGGAGAGCAAGGAAGCCAACGACGAAGAGAUGCCGAGCUACGCGAGAAUGGCGAGCACGAUGGACCAUGUCCUGCGCACUUCUUCCGCAAUUUACACCCUACUCUCGAGCCGAUUAGAUCAUGGAUUAUGUCGAGAUCUUCUUGCCAAAUCAUCGGUGUUCAUUCAGCUAUUGGAAUCGAGUCCUUGCGCGAAUAAUCUUCCCAAAGCAGAUAUGCAGAAGCUCAAAGAGCAUGUGGAGGAGCUGAAAAAGAAUCGCGAUGCCGGCAUUAUCGAUGUCAAUCGAAUGACCAACUUGUUCGCAAUUAUUCUUCGCAAAACAAUUGAGUGUGUCCUGUUAGUGUUCGUGAGAAUCACGUGCAAAUUUCUGAACGAGUGCAACUCGAAGGAUCGCUUGUUGAGCAUUUCGUUGGAGCAUUUAAUCCAUAUUUGUCUGUUCGGCGACGAAUUGUGCAUCGAGUCGGUGCAGCGGAAUGCUGUCACCUCAUGCAUGAAGCUUCUUCGGCAGUCGCCGCCGGUUCCCGAAAACACGGCGAGGUUUCUUCUGAGAACGCUGGCGGUGCUGUGCGGCGUCUCGAAGGGCUCGCUUGCUUUGCUCACGCAAAACGGGCUCGAUCUUGUGAUUGAUCGCCUGCUCUCUACGAGCUCUUCAAUGUGCUCAGUGGAAGCGGCCGGUAUUUUGACGCAGCUUACAAAUCCGCAAUCAUCAUUUGUGAAGCUUAAUCACAUUCACCCAAUUAUUGCAAGAUUGCUAGAUUUGGUCGAUGAGUGCCGAACCGGAGAUUCGCUUCUGCUUGCGACUGCUGCUUUGAACAACGUCACCCUUCAGAAUCCCAACGGCGUCUCAAUUAUGUUCAACAAUAACGUGAUUCGUCGUUUUCUAGCUGCUUAUCAUCGAGAAAACUGUUCGACAAUCUUCGUCCAGGAGCAAAUUGUGACCGCGUUCUCUCGACUUGCUUCUCAUCAUUACACCAAAGAGCUUGUCGAUCAAAACGCGAUUCCAGCUCUAUUAGAAUUUCUGACUUUAACACAUCCAGUCCACUCGGAGUACUGUAAACGGAUACGGUAUAAGGCGGCAGUUUGCAUAGGAACUCUUGCGAACUCCGAUAUUGGCCUUCAAGGCCUCUAUGAAAAUAAAGCAUACGCAAUUCUGAGCAACGUUCUAUGCGAUGAUACGAAUGCGGCGAAUCCGUUCAAUAUGAUCUGCAAUAAUAUUAAAACGCAGCUCGAAUCGAAAUAUCAAGCAGAAAGCGUUAAUUUCACUGAAAAUGAGCACAGUUCUAUGAAGAAAAUGGAAGAAAAGAGCGAGGAAUUGCAAUAUCUCCGAUUUACCAUUUUCAUUUCCACUUUAAUUACUGUUACCGUACUUUUGAGUACUGUAAUCGCAACAGUAAUACUUUUAGCAUCUUCAUAUGCUUUAAAGGAGCAAUUAGGAUAUGAAUUAAGGUAUUGUGUGGCGAAGUCACAUGAUUUGUGGGAUGAGUUGGCUCAGAAUUGCGGCGAUUCGGCUAAUUGCGGAUUUGCGCAAAGACCACGACCGCAACCUCAACCCGUGCGUGUUGUACAGAAAUUCUGUAUUAUUGGACCACCUGGGCCUCCUGGGUUCCCAGGAAUUGAUGGAAAUGAUGGAUUUGACGGAAUGCCUGGUUCUCCGGGCUCGCCUGGAAUCGAUGUGCAGAGUACUGAUAAACCAAAAGUCGACGAUUUUUGUUUUAAUUGCCCAAAUGCGCCGGCGGGACCACCUGGACCCCAAGGACCCAAGGGAAAUAAAGGGCCACCGGGACCACCUGGAAUUGGCAACGGCGGCAUCGUGCCAGGUCCGCCUGGUCCUCCAGGCUGCGUUGGUGUUCCUGGGGAUCCUGGACCGCCGGGGACCAACGGAAUUCCAGGAAUUCCCGGAAAAAUCAUUGCGGGUGGCGUAUUAAUUGGACCCGAUGGACCAGCAGGUCCUCCUGGAAAAAUUGGGCCACCUGGCAGUCCAGGAGCAGACGGAGAAGCACGACGAGGACCGCCUGGGCCUCCAGGAGAGAGAGGUAGAAAGGGAGAGCCGGGUGCUCAAGGACCCCGAGGCCUUACUGGACAACCUGGACGAUCUGGCCCUUCUGGUGGUUGCUCUCAUUGCCCCAAGCCUAGAGUAUCACCGGGAUAUUUCAAAGAUUAA